AUGAGUUCCUUAGAUGAAAUUCGUUCGCGUGUCAAACUGGAAGAAACCGAAGUUUCAAAUACAACUUCAACAAAUUUUCCUGGCAAUUAUCCUGGAUAUGACGAUCAAUUGAAUUUAGACAGUUUUCGAGAUAAUUUGACUAUUAACAUCGCAAAAUUAGAUGAUGAUUCAACAGAAUUUGACAUGAUCGGUAUUGACGCCGCCCUUGCUAAUGCAUUUCGACGUAUACUCAUAGCUGAAUUAGCAUCAAUGGCUAUUGAAAAAGUUCAUAUUCAUGAAAAUUCGUCCGUAUUGCCCGAUGACGUUUUAGCACAUCGGCUUGGACUGAUACCGUUGAAAGCGGAUGCAAGAAAUUUUGAGUAUAGACAACCGGGUGAUACAAAAGACCAUGAAGAUAAUACAUUAGUAUUCAAAUUAAAAAUUAUUUGUAAAAAAAAUCCAAAAGCAAUAGAAAAUAAUAUAGAACCAAAAAAUUUAUACAUCAAUAGUAACGUUUAUACAGAACACAUGGAAUGGAUUCCUAUUGGUAAUCAAGCAACUAAGUACACAGCGAAUGAUGUUGGACCAGUAGCAAAUGACAUAUUAAUUGUAAAACUGCGGCCAGGACAAGAGCUUGAUCUUAAACUUGUUUGCGUUAAAGGAAUUGGACGUGAUCAUGCAAAAUUUUCACCUGUUUGCACGGCUUCUUAUCGUUUAAUGCCAGAAAUUAUUUUAAAAGAACCAAUUGAAAAUGAAGAUGCAGACAAAUUACAACAAUGUUUCACAAGUGGAGUUAUUGAAAUAAAAGAACAGAAAAAUGGUCAACGCCGUGCAGUCGUCUCAAAACCUCGUUUAGAUCUGUGUAGUCGAGAAGCAUUACGCUAUCCAGAAUUAAAAGACCGAAUACAGUUAAACAAAAUUAGAGAUCAUUUCAUUUUUAGUAUUGAAAGCGUUGGCGCGGUAAAACCAAACAUGCUAUUUGUUGAGUCAAUUAAACUUCUAAUGGAUAAAUGUGAACAUCUUUUAAAUGAAAUUGAUGGAAACCCAUUACAGUCGACAUGA